GCAUGCUUUGGACCAGGCUUCUGAUUGUGGGUUGGGAACAGCCCAUACGCCUGGAUACAUCACUGUAGCUCAAAGCGGCCUCCACCAUACCCAGUGCCCGGAGACGUUGUUCAUGUGAUAGACGCGGCAUGAUGCUGUUCACUGGACUAACAAUGGUGGCCUUUUUUGGGCCUUUAUAUAGGCCUUCAAACCCAUUCUCACAUUGUGCAGAUACUCACUGAGUAUUGCUUGGUGUGUAUUUGGUUCACUUUUGCAAAGUGACCAACCCAUGUGCAAUGAAUCAUGACAAAAUGACAACUCAUCAUUAUCUCAACUACCAGGGCACUCGAUCAUCAGUAAAUCCACAAUGAAUCAUUACAACCCCCCUACAAGUAGAAUUCUGCCUACAGUUCUACCUCAGAGUUUCUAUGGACUGUCAGUAUAUUUAUUAAUAACUGAUAAACUAUAAACCUGUGGAUGUUGGGGGACAAACAGCAGCUCUAGAUGUAGAAUGUAGGCUCAUGUAUUUUAGUCAUGUUAAUAAUAAAACUGUAAACCAUCCAUCCUGUUUAGGAGCUAUAUUCAGAUAAAACACAUGCUCCUAGAAACAGUCCUGCAUUAUGAGGUGUCCUCCUGAAGGUUUAAUACUUUUCAGUGAUCAGUUUGUUAAAUGUUUUUUUGGAUCCACUGAUAGAACUGAGAAUGAGACGGUUCAGUUCAAACUACAGCUGUCAUCAGUUCAGACUUGCAAACUCGGCGCUGAGAAACAGAGAUGAGCUGCAUGUUGAGACAGGAAGGAUCUGAUCUUCAUGAUGUUGUGAGUUAAAGACAUAAAUAUCUGAAGUGAAAGACAACAUCAUAGUUUAGCAAUAAGUAACUUUAAAAAUACAUGUAAACAGAUAAAGUCAGCUAAAAGUAAAUACCUAAAAAAUAGCAGAAUAAGCAGUUAUAAAUCUUUAAAUAUUGCAGUAAAUGAUCAGUUGAAGGCAGUUUAAUAAAUGAUGGAUUACUUUAUAAUUAAAUAUCAAUGAAUUGUUGUAAAUAGGUCUGUUUUAAAUAGUUAAUAUCUGUAAAGCUGAUGGAUAAACGGUUGAAGUGGUUGUGGAGGGAAAUGUGAAGAAAACACGUCUGAAAGCUCCAAGUUCUGGCUGUAAGAGCAGAUCAUGGAAAUUCAACCUGAUCUAAACAAAGAAAUACUAGAAAAUACAGGAUGAGCUGCUAAAAAGUUCACUUUCUGAUGGUUUGAUUUACAGAAAGUUUCCAGAAUGAAUCAAAGUCACACAAAGACUAAAACUUAGUGUUUGGAUCAAACUAAAAGGUUUUCUUGCCUCCUUUAACUCAGUCUCCUGUGAACGUUCCACCUCCAGUAGAAGAACAGACCUGAGCUGUCAGAAAUCCUCUGUAAGCAUCAGCAGCAUUUAAAAACUAAACCCAGCUAAGAAAUAUCAGCUUCAAUAAGUCACAUAAAGUUCACUGCAGAUCACUGAUCAAGACUUUAUGGAGCAGUUUGAAACCAAAUCUGUUUAUUAAUGAAUAAACUACAGGUUUCCAUCCAUUAUUUACUAUUUAAAUACCACAAACCCCAAAGCUUUUAACCUCUAACUGGUCAAUAAAGCAUCCAUAAAUAAAUGAUCAACAUGAAUAAAACCAGGAUUAAAGCAGUCCUAGUUACAGCCAGUAAAUCUCUGAUAAAGACGACUUUUAAUAAGGGAAAUAUGUGAGAAACUAAACUCCAAAUGAAAAAAAUAGACAGGAAAUGUUUUUAUUUUAUGUAUUGUUGGCUUUUAAAGCCUCAAAUGUUGAAGAUGAUUGAUUUCAGAGCCUCAGUUCUCACAGAUCUAUAAAUAAGAACAUGACAAAGUUCUAACACUGCAGACAGAAUGAAGACAGACAAUAUAAAAUAGAAGAAAAACAGACAUUUAAUAAAUGUGUGAACAAUCUGUAAUCACUGAUAAUGGAUGAUGAUGACAAGACUGAAUCCUGGUGACAGAAAUGUGGUUUGUUUUGUCUUUUUUUGGUCAUUUUCAUCACUUUCUGCUCAUUUUACAAUCAUUCAGUCUCUGUGAUCAUUAUUUCUAGAAGCUCUUAUAAAUCAAUAACAAGGAAAUAAACCGUCUACAAACUGCAAUAAAGUUCUUUGAUCAGAUUUUAUUGCACCUCUGAGGCUGUGAGGAGUAAAGCUUCAUCCUUCAUGUUCAGCUGCAGGAAACCCCUCAGACAGCUGGAGUUAGCUGUAGUCAUGUGACUUCAAGGAAACAGAGAAGGAGCAGAACAGAAUGAGGAAAUGAACAGUUCAGACUCCAUUUUACAGCCAACAGAGGAGGACAACAAGGUGAGUGUUAGUUUAACGUUAUUCUUCUUCUGCUGUCAGAAAACUAUUUAUGGUCUGAGCAGCACAGAGCGCUGCCAGAACCUUCUAGGAAUGCAGAGAACAUAGCUGAGCAGCAGAAUGGGCAGCAGUGACGUGCGGUCAGGUGAGACACGGCCUCACCUGUCAUCAUGACAAAAAAAAAGAAAAAAGAAAGUGUACAUAAAUAAAUAUUAAUAUUUUCCACUGUUCUGUGUUAAAAAUGCAUUUGCAGUAUGACUACACAUUUCUGACGUUUUAUUGAGUAAAAUUGCCGAAUUUGAGUUUUCCCGAUCAAAUCUAGGGCAGAAACCCCGGGUGAGGCAGGGCCGAUCUGUGGCUCACGUCUGACUGUAUGAUCCAGUACAAAGUGGGCUGCAUGACGCGGGCCCGUUUCUGUUCCUCAGCAUAUCGCCAAUAUGAACUUGACAGAAAUAUUCGUUACACACCAUGACUUUCUGCAGUCUGUGUAAUGUCUUUUAUGUAUGUGUGAGAGAACUAUUCCUGCUGAUCGCACAAUAAAGUGCAGAGAAAAGUCAGCAGGUGAGGCAGGCAGUACUCUGCCUCAACUCAAGGGGGCGUACGCAAACUGGCAGGGGCUUUCUCGCUGCGGUGCUGGCUUCAACAGAGGAAAUCCAAAGUCGGCGUCAAGCUAAAGCCAAUUGACUGAAGUCCACAAGAUGAGUGAUUCUAAGGAGGAGGAGGAGUUUCCAUCCUCCAGCUAUCUGUCCAUGAAGAGUGACCGGUCCAAAGAAGAACCUCCAGACUUCAGUGAAGAACCUGAACCCUCAGAUACAAAAGUGAUGGAGAGGAGGGGAGUUUGUGUGGAGGAGCAGCCGUCCUGCUGUGCUCGGUGUCAGGACGUCCUGAAGGAUCCAGUCUCUAGCAGCUGUGGACACUGGUUCUGCAGACAGUGCAUCAGCUCAUACUGGGACCAGUCUGCUCCAUCAGGACACUCCUCCUGUCCCCAGUGUGGAGAAAGAGCCAGAAGCAGCAGCUGUGGACAAAGUGUUGGUCUGCAGGAGGUUCUGCAGGAACAUAAGAUGAGUCUGAGGAGGAGAUGUGAACAUGUGACUGAAGGAAGUGAUGAAGCAGGAGGUGGAACCCUCCUCAACAGGAUCUACACUGAGCUCUACAUCACAGAGGGACACAGUGGAGAGGCUGAUGUCCAACAUGAGGUGGAGCAGCUGGAGACAGCUUCCAAGAAGAGCCUCCAUGACACUCCCAUCAGGUGCCAGGACAUCUUUAAAGCCUUACCUGAGCAGCAGAGAGCCAUCAGAGUGGUCCUGACCAACGGCGUGGCCGGCGUGGGAAAAACCUUCUCAGUGCUGAAGUUCACUCUGGACUGGGCAGAGGGCGGAGAAAACCAAGACGUCAGUGUGGUGGUGGUGCUUCCGUUCAGGGAGCUGAACUUGAUCAGAGAUGAGCAGCACAGUCUUCUCACGCUGCUCCAUGUUUUCCAUCCAACAUUACAGAAGGUGACGGCAGAGCAGCUGGCUGUCUGUAAACUUUUGUUCAUCUUUGACGGUCUGGAUGAAAGCAGACUUUCACUGGAUUUCACCAACAGGAAGGUUGUGUCUGACGUCAGCCAGAAGUCAUCGCUGGACGUUCUGCUGGUCAACCUCAUGGAGGGGAAUCUGCUUCCCUCGGCUCUGGUCUGGAUCACUUCCCGCCCUGCAGCAGCCAAUCAGAUCCCUCCUAAACAUGUGGACAGGUUAACAGAAGUACGAGGCUUCACCGACGUCCAGAAGGAGGAGUACUUCAGGAGGAGGAUCAGUGAUGAAGAGCGCUCCAGAACAAUCAUCUCCCACAUGAAGACAUCCAGGAACCUCCACAUCAUGUGUCGACUCCCAGUGUUCUGCUGGAUCACUGCUGCAGUUCUGGAGCACAUGCUGACCACAGAGCAGAGAGGACAGCUGCCCCAGACCAUGACUGAGAUGUUCUCACACUUCCUGCUGGUUCAGACACAGAGGAAGAAGAAGAAGUACCAUGAGGGACCUGAGACGAGUCCACAGGAGCUGACGGAGGCUGACAGGGAAGUUCUUCUGAAGCUGGGGAGGCUGGCCUUUGAACAUCUGGAGAAAGGAAACAUCAUGUUCUACCAAGAAGACCUGCAGCAGUGUGGUCUGGAUGUGACAGAGGCCUCUGUGUUCUCAGGAGUUUGUACCCAGAUCUUCAGGAGAGAGUGUGAGAUGUUCCAGAAACCAGUCUACUGCUUUGUUCAUCUGAGCAUUCAGGAGUUUCUGGCUGCAGUCUACAUGUUCCACUGUUACACCAACAGGAAGACUGAGGUUCUGGAGAAGUUCCUGGGAGAAGAACAGAAAGAUCUUUAUGGUGAUGAGGAGGAGGAAGAGGAGUGGGAGGAGGAAGAAGUGGAGGAGGAGGAGGAGGAGGAGGAGGACGAGUGGGAGGAGGAAGAGGAGGAUAACACAGACAUCUCAUCCCUGGAUGUUUUCCUGGACAGAGUCAUGAAGAAAUCCCUCAGAAGUAGAAAUGGUCACCUGGACCUGUUUGUUCGCUUCCUUCAUGGCCUCUGUCUGGAGUCCAACCAGAGGUUCUUAGGAGGUCUGCUGGGUCAGACAGAGAACCGUCCAGAAAUGAUCCAGAGAGUCAUCAACAACCUGAAGAAGAUGAACAGUUAUGGAAUAUCUCCAGACAGAAGCAUCAACAUCUUCCACUGUCUGAUGGAGAUGAAGGAUCUCUCAGUACAUCAGGAGAUCCAAGAGUUCCUGCAGUCAGAGAACAGAUCAGAGAAGAAACUCUCUGAGAUCCACUGCUCAGCUCUGGCCUACAUGCUGCAGAUGUCAGAAGAGGUUCUGGAUGAGUUGGACCUGGACAAGUACAGAACAUCAGAUGAGGGAAAACGGAGACUGAUUCCAGCUGUGAGGAACUGCAGAAAGGCUCGACUUUCUAAAUGCGGACUCUCAGAGAGUCACUGUGAAGUCGUGGCCUCAGCUCUGAAGUCCAACCCCUCCCAUCUGAUAGAACUGGACCUGAGUGGAAACAACCUGGAGGAUUCUGAAGUGAAGCAUCUUUGUGAUGGACUGCAGAGUCCAAACUGUAAACUGGAGACUCUCAGAUUGGAGUACUGCAGGUUGUCAGAGAUCAGCUGUGAUUCUCUGGGCUCAGCUCUGAAGUCCAACCCCUCACAUCUGGAAAAUCUGGACCUGAGCUACAACUGGACCCUGGAGGAUUCAGGAGUGAAACAUCUGAGUGGUUUUGUGGAGAGUCCAGACUGCAUCCUGAAGACUCUGAGAUUGAGGGGCUGCAGUUUGUCAGGGAUCAGCUGUGAUUCUCUGGUCUCAGCUCUGAAGUCCAACCCCUCACAUCUGGAACAUCUGGACCUGAGCAGGAACAACCUGAAGGAUUCAGGAGUGAAACAUCUGAGUGGUUUUCUGGAGAGUCCAGACUGCAUCCUGAAGACUCUGAGAUUGGUGGACUGCAGUUUGUCAGAGAUCAGCUGUGAUUCUCUGGUCUCAGCUCUGAAGUCCAACCCCUCCCAUCUGGAACAUCUGGACCUGAGCUUCAACGACCUGAAGGAUUCAGGAGUGAAACAUCUGAGUGGUUUUGUGGAGAGUCCAGACUGCAUCCUGAAGACUCUGAGAUUGGAGAGCUGCAGGUUGUCAGAGAUCAGCUGUGAUUCUCUGGUCUCAGCUCUGAAGUCCAACCCCUCACAUCUGGAACAUCUGGACCUGAGCAGGAACGACCUGAAGGAUUCAGGAGUGAAACAUCUGAGUGGUUUUGUGGAGAGUCCAGACUGCAUCCUGAAGACUCUGAGAUUGAGGGGCUGCAGGUUGUCAGAGAUCAGCUGUGAUUCUCUGGGCUCAGCUCUGAAGUCCAACCCCUCACAUCUGGAACAUCUGGACCUGAGCAGGAACAACCUGCAGGAUUCAGGAGUGAAACAUCUGAGUGGUUUUGUGGAGAGUCCGGACUGCAUCCUGAAGACUCUGAGAUUGGUGGACUGCAGUUUGUCAGAGAUCAGCUGUGAUUCUCUGGUCUCAGCUCUGAAGUCCAACCCCUCACAUCUGGAACAUCUGGACCUGAGCAGGAACAAGCUGAAGGAUUCAGGAGUGAAACAUCUGAGUGGUUUUGUGGAGAGUCCAGACUGCAUCCUGAAGACUCUGAGAUUGGAGCGCUGCGGUUUGACAGAGAUCAGCUGUGAUUCUCUGGUCUCAGCUCUGAAGUCCAACCCCUCACAUCUGGAACAUCUGGACCUGAGCAGGAACAACCUGAAGGAUUCAGGAGUGAAACAUCUGAGUGGUUUUCUGAAGAGUCCAGAUUGCAGCCUGAAGACUCUGAGAAUCAAUGGCAGAGUGUUUAAAACGUCCAGAAACAAAACCUGUGUCUCUGACGUUAAACUGGAGCCAAACACAGCCGACACAGAGCCGGACCUUUCUGAGGACGACCCAGAGCUGAUGAAGAUUCCAUCAGUCUUCACACCUGAAAUGCAAACAGAGUCUGAACAAAUCUCAUACAGGUUCAGGUGUACUGGUCCAGGUGUGUUCCAGUGUGCUGAGACUGGAGUGGUGUUUGAUAUGACUCAGGAGGCGGAGCUGAUGUACGGGAUCGUUCAAUGGGAUGAGAGUCGCCUCGAACCGACUGGCAGAGAAGCUGCAGGACCGCUGUUCAACAUCCAGUGUUCUGAGGAUGCAGUCCGUCGGCUCCACUUCCCACACUGUGAAACAAAGGAUGCCCUGCAUAUCGAUGGACUGCUGUCUGUUGCCCACUUCACUGAUGAUGGAAUGAGCAUCUUGAAGCCGCUGCAGAUCACUGACACUCAUGUGGUCGUGAAGGUCGCUCACCUCUCUCUCUUUGGUGUCGUCUGUGAUGCUGUUAAAAGGUGGCUCUCACCCACAGUAAAGGGCCAAAUAGUGCUGUUCCUCCGGCCUCCAAUCAGAGGUCCUCAGACACUUGAUGUGUUUCUGCUGCAAAAGAACGUCCCUGUAAAAGAGGUUGCUGCCCAACAAGGAGAUGCAAAAAACAUCAAGAUCUCAGCUGACUGUUUUCUCAGCUUUGGUCGGAGUUACAGUGUCCACUGUGAACAGGAGGGCUUGAAAAUACAGCCGACGCGUGCACACUUUUGUUCAGAUUUUGGACCCGAUUUCCACCCAACAUUUGAGGUUUUCUUGAUGACAAAUCCAGAUUUAGUGACUUUGAUGGUCCAAGACCAAGAGGAGACAGAAGUCUGGAAACGUGAUGUUCAUCUGAAAGAUCACAGAAGGGACACAGAGCAGAGUGUCCAACCGCAGAGAGACCAACCACAGAGAGACCAACCACAGAGUGUCCAGCCACAGAGUGUCCAGCCACAGAGUGUCCAACCACAGAGAGACCAACCACAGAGAGACCAACCACAGAGUGUCCAACCACAGAGAGACCAACCACAGGACUGGCUGUUAUCAGUUCGGACACGGUUGAUUCAGGGAUUGUCAGAUGUUCCUGUCAACCAACUCCUGGACAGACUCUAUGACCAGAAUGUUCUCAGCAGUGAAGAGAAGGAUGUCAUCAGAGCACAGAUCGGAGCAGAUAAAGCUCGGGAGCUCAUCGACCGGGUUCAUAGAAAGGGACCUGAUGCGGUUUCACUUCUGAGAACUGCUCUUAGUGAGGUCGAUCCAUUCCUUUUUAACAACCUGAACCUGACGUAAAACAGUAAAAGAACUGAGAUGAAAGAGCCGGGUUCAGCUAAAGGUUUCUUCCUGUUAAAGGGUGUUUUUCUUGCCACUGUGUCCUUAGGGCUGCUCUGGGGGUCAGGCAUUUGGGUUCUGUAAAGCGUCUUGAGACAACUUGACCUGUAAUUGGCGCUACAUAAAAAAAAUUGUAUUGAACUGAAUAGAUGGUUACCUCCUGUCAGAACUGGCCUGUGGACACUCACAUCACCUUUAAAUGACAGGCUCUGCUGUUUAAAGACUUUGACUCUGAAACUGAUUUAGUCUCUGUAAUCCAACUAAACCUGGACGGCUUCUGACAUGUUGAGCAGGUUCCACUGAGCAGGUGUGUCUGCAGGAAGUCGGUCUCUGGAUUCAGCAAAGAUGAAGAUGAGGUGGUUCAAUCAAAGAUGAGACUCAGAGUUUUUGUUUCUGCCACUAGAUGGAGACGGAUCACUGCUGCAUGAGCAGGGCUUAAAGAGUUCCGUUGCCACGACGGAAUUCCGUCAGUUGGAAAAAUUAAGAAAAAAAAUACGUAUCAUAAGCGCAUAUUGACUGGGUGCCUCUUUUUCUGGCUUGCGUGCUUUGUCAAUGAAGUUGUUUCAUUCAUUUGGUCUAAAAUGUCAUAUGCGCAAGGUUACAGGCUUUGUUGUUGUUGCACCUCGUCACAAUAAAUCUAUCCUGAUAGCAAGAGUA